CAGAAACCUCCAGCAGCGUUCUCACUGUCCAGCAACAUCCAUUUUUGUUCCUUUCUUUUUUAUUUUAUCCCAAAAAAUAUAUAAAAAAUAAAAAUAAAAAAGAAAAUACAUAAACACAAAAGCCAGCUUUCAUUCCUCUCAUUUCCAGAGAGAUAGAGAGAGACAGACUGAGAGAGAGAGGGAGAGAGAGAGAGAGAGAGGGAGAGGGAGAGCGAGAAAAGCUCUCUUUCAUGGCGGAUUUCCAGCACCCUCUCUUCAGCAAGCGCUCAUCUUCAACUCUCUCGAAGAAAUCGCUCAUCUCCAACGGCAAUGGCUAUGAUGACGUCUUCGGUGGGCCACCGAAGUUCGCCAUGCCGCCUUUUGCCGCCCGGAUUGAAGACUAUGGGGAGAUUUUCGGGGGCUUCUCCGCUCCGAAGAGCUUGGCAUCGACAAUCCCGUAUCUGGAUUUCCCUGCCGAAGGAGAAGAUGACGAUGUCCCCUUUGACGUCCGCGGCUCGAAUAAAUUCGAUUACACGCAAGUUUUCGGUGGUUUCGAUGGUGGGGAUUUCGCCGUUUCCUAUGAGGAAAUGUUUGCACAACCUAAAGGGGAGGAAACUUCUUCCACAAAUUCAAGGACACCGGCCGAAAUGGGAUCCCAACAGCAGGCACCAAUAGCUGUUUCCAGAGCACCUUCAGAAGAUCAUUACGUGGAUCCCUUUGCUAGUUCAGAACAGAAUAAGUUCCUGUCGAAGGGAGACUCUCAUCAUAUAUAUGAUGGCAUGAAGCAAUUCAAUGUGUCAUAUAAUAAGUCUAAUCAAAGAAGCAUAGAAGAUUCAGUGAAUGGGACAACACACAUAGCUGAACUCCAUGAGGUUUCUGGAUUUACUUUUGUAGUUGAUGCAUGCUCCCCUCAAAACACAAAAUGUGACAAACCUUUGCCCCAGGGAACCGAUGAUCCCAGUCUCAAUAUGGACUCUUCUGGGGGAACAAUGGAGGAAAAUCAUUUCAAGGAAAACGCAUCAGACAUCCCUGCCCUCAGUAAUAUCAUCAAGGCUUCUGGAAAUGAUCUCAAGGCAGAAAAGGAACAGCUCGACAGUAAAUCCAGUGCUUCGGGGGUCAAUCCUGCAGGUGAACAGUGUCAGUUACACAAUUCGUGUGAUAACCUGAAGCCCAGUGGUGAUAGAUCCUAUCCUGAAAAAGUGUUUUUAACUGUCUCUGAUAUUAACCUUCGGACACAACCCUCUCGACUUCCACCUCCCUCAAGACCACCGCCAAAAUUAAAUAAUAAGCAGGGAGAUUCCCACAAAAUGAUGGACACAAACUUGAAGUCUUAUCCAGCUGAAGCACAUUUUUGGAAACCUCAGACCAUGGGCGGAACUCGCCACUUCAGGGCUGCUUCUGAAACUUUCAUACUUGAAGAGUCUGCCAAGGAUAGUUCACCUCUUUUCUUUGAUGUAGAGGUAGAUGCAAGUUCAGAUGCUGCAGCUUCUGCAGCUGCCAUGAAAGAAGCUAUGGAGAAAGCUCAAGCAAGGCUAAAGAGUGCAAAACUAUCAAUGGAAAGAAAAAGAGAGAAGUUUCAGAACAUUGUGAAGCCUGGUUUAGAUGAAGACAGAAGGUGUAAGGAAAGAAAGGAGGUCAAAGCUGCCCAAGAAAACUGUAAAUUCGAGGAAGAGAGAGCAGGGGAAUGGAAAGCAGAGAACCAGUUCUUUGAGCUGGUAAAAGAUGUGAAGUUCAAAGCUUCUCAGGUGGUGCCCGAGCAGGAGAAUAAUGAGAAACUAAACACAAUUGCAAAGGUUCAUGAGCGCGAAUUGAAUGAGAAGAAAGCAGCUAAAGAAGCAAGUGGACUUGCAGAUAGUGAGAAAAUGAGAACACUUCAAGAGGCCAAUGGGCAGGAAGAGAGCGAUAAGAGACAGAAAGUAGCUAAAGAGGCUCCUGAGAGGGAGAAAAUUGAGAAGAAACUAAAAGUAGGCCAAGCUGCUCAUGAGCUGGAAGAAAAUGCGAAGAAACUAAAAGCAGCCCAAGAGGCUCAUGAGCAGGAAGAAAAUGACAAACUAAAAGCUGCUCAGGAGGCCCCUAAGCUUGAAGCAGAGAAGAAAUUAAAAGCAGCUCAAGAGGCUCGUGAACGUGAAGAAAAUGAGAAGAAACUGAAAGCAGCACAUGACGCUCGUGAAAGGGAAGAAAAUGAGAAACUGAAAAAAGCUCUAGAGGCUCAUGAAAGGGAAGAAAACGAGAAGAAACUGAAAGCAGCUCUCGAGGCUCGUGAGAGGGAAGAAAACGAGAAGAAACUGAAAGCAGCUCUAGAGGCUCGUGAGAGGGAAGAAAACGAGAAGAAACUAAAAGCAGCUCAAGAGGCUCGUGAGCGCGAAGAAAAUGAGAAGAAACUAAAAUUUGCUCAGGAGGCUCGUGAACGGGAAGAAAAUGAGAAGAAACUGAAAGCAGCUCAAGCGGCUCGUGAGCGCGAAGAAAACGAGAAGAAACUGAGAGCAGCUCAAGUGGCUCGUGAGCGCGAAGAAAAUGAGAAGAAACUGAAAGCAGCUCAAGCGGCUCGUGAGCGUGAAGAAAAUGAGAAGAAACUGAAAGCAGCUCAGGAGGCUCGUGAACGGGAAGAAAAUGAGAAGAAACUGAAAGCAGCUCAAGUGGCUCGUGAGCGCGAAGAAAACGAGAAGAAACUGAGAGCAGCUCAAGUGGCUCAUGAGCGCGAAGAAAAUGAGAAGAAACUGAAAGCAGCUCGUGAGCGUGAAGAAAAUGAGAAGAAACUGAAAGCAGCUCAGGAGGCUCGUGAACGGGAAGAAAAUGAGAAGAAACUGAAAGCAGCUCAAGCGGCUCGUGAGCGCGAAGAAAACGAGAAGAAACUGAGAGCAGCUCAAGUGGCUCGUGAGCGCGAAGAAAAUGAGAAGAAACUGAAAGCAGCUCAAGCGGCUCGUGAGCGUGAAGAAAAUGAGAAGAAACUGAAAGAAGCUCAAGCGGCUCGUGAGUGUGAAGAAAAUGAGAAGAAACUAAAAGCAGCUCAAGCGGCUCGGGAGCGAGCAGAAAAUGAGAAGAGACUAAAAGAAGAUCAAGCGGCUUGGGAGCAAGCAGAAAAUGAGAAGAAACUAAAAGAAACUCAAGCGGCUCGGGAGCGUGAAGAAAAUGAAAAGAAACUAAAAGAAGCUCAAGCAGCUCGGGAGCGCGAAGAAAAUGAAAAGAAGCUAAAAGCAGCUCAAGAGGCUCGUGAGCAUGAAGAAAAUGAAAAGAAGCUAAAAGCAGCUCAAGAUGCUUGUGAGCGUGCGGAAAAUGAGAAGAAACUAAAAGCAGCUCAAGAGGCUCGUGAGCGGGAGGAAAAUGAGAAAUGGCAAGCAGCUCAAGAGGGUCAUGGGCACGAAGAAAAUGAGAAGAGAUUAAAAGCAUCUCAAGCGUCUUGUGAACAGGGAGAAAGGGUGAAGAAAUUAAAAAUGGAUCAAGGAGCUCAUGAGCAGGAAGAAAAUGAGAAAGCAGAUCAAGAGGUUCAUGAACAAGAAGAAAACGAGAAGAAAUUAAACAGAGAUCGUGGGCGUGAAAAGGAGGAACUGAAAGCAGUUCAAGAGGCUUUUGGGCAGAAAGAAAAUGAGAAAAACCUAAAAGCAGCUCAAGAGGCUUGUGAAAGGGAGGAAAAUGAGAUGAGGCAAGAGGCAGCUCAAGAGGCUUAUCAGUGGGAAGAAAAUGAGAAGAAACUAAGAGCAGUUCAAGAGGCUCAUGAGCGUGAAGAGGAGAAGAGGUUGAAAGCAGCUAAAGUGAUCCACCUGCAUGAAGAUAAUGAGAAGGAACUGAAAAUGGGUAAAAAGGCAUGUGAGCAGGACGGAAAUACGAAGAAAUUACAAACAGCUCAAGAUACUAAUAAUCAGGAAGAAAAUGGUAAGAAACUGAAAGCAAUCCAAGAGGCCAGUGAAAAUGGAGUGUAUGAGAAGAAAAUGGAAGCAGCUAGGGAGGUCUAUCUGCGAGAAGAUGGUGAAAUGAAACUGAAAGCAGCCCAGAUGGUGAGCAGGCAAGAAGAAAAUAAGAAGAAUUCAGAAGCAGAGCAAGAGGUCCAUGAGUGGGAAGAUGGGAAGAAACUAAAUUUGGCUCAUGAGGCCCAUGGAGGCAAGGACGACGGGAAAAUGAAUAUCCGAGAAACUCAAAUGGCCCACAAUCAGGAAGGAAAUAAGAACAAAUACAAAGCAGCUCAAGCAGUUUUCCAGUUGGGCGAAAAUGGGAAGAAAUUGGAAGCAGCUCAACGGGCUAGUGUGUUGGAAGGGAAAGAGAACAUAUCAAGAACAGCUCCAUUUGUUACAGAGAAUAAACUUACAGAACGAAAAGAGCAGAACGAUAAUGAAAUUCAUGGAACUGAGGAUAAGGAAAAAGAAGAGAGAAUGCGUCGAGAAAGAGAGCUGGAAAUGGAGCGAGCAAGAAGAAUAGAAGAAGAGAGGGACAGGGAAAGGGAAAGAGAAAAGGAUAGAAUUGCUGUUGAAAGAGCAACCCGUGAAGCUCGUGAUAGGGCUUUCUUGGAAGCCCGAGAGAGGGCAGAAAGGGCCGCUGUGGAGAGAGCGACAGCUGAAGCUCGACAAAGAGCCAUGGCAGAGGCCCGUGAAAGAGCAGAGAAGGCUUCAGCUGAAGCUCGUGAAAAAUCAUUAGCUGAGAAAGCUUCUGUGGAAGCUAGACUUAGGGCAGAGCGUGCAGCAGUUGAGAGAGCAACUGCAGAGGCUCGGGAGCGUGCUGUAGAAAGAGCUCUAGCUGAGAAGGCAAAACGGGCAGCUGCCACAGAUUCUUCCAGCAGUACUUCACAGAGAUAUUCAAAUUCCACAAAUCAAGCUUCCUACUCUAAUGGAAAGCAUCAAGGAGCUGAGGUUGAAUCAGCCAAAAGAUGUCAAGCAAGGUGGGAGAGAAAUCAACGGACAGUCGAACGUGCGGCAAAAGCUCUUGCAGAGAAAAAUAUGCGUGACAUUCUUGUUCAAAGGGAGCAAGCAGAGAGAAAUAGAUUAGCAGAAACUCUGGAUGCUGAUGUUAGAAGGUGGUCGAAUGGAAAAGAAGGGAACUUACGUGCAUUGCUCUCCACUCUGCAAUAUAUCCUUGGGUCCGAUAGUGGUUGGCAGCCCAUUCCAUUGACAGAUGUUAUAACAGCUGUUGCUGUAAAGAAAGCUUACAGGAAGGCCACUCUGUGUGUUCAUCCCGACAAGGUGCAGCAAAGAGGUGCAAGCAUUCAGCAGAAGUAUAUCUGUGAGAAAGUUUUUGAUCUGCUAAAGGAGGCAUGGAACAAGUUCAAUUCAGAAGAGCGGUAGCAGAUGCUGUUUAGGCCUGUGAAGCACCUGCCACUGAUAAUUUUCACCACAACCCAUCUUGUAAUUUUUCAUUCUGGUAGCAGUCAACUAGUAAUGUAAGCAUUUUUUUUUUCUCACCCAUCUAUUUAGUUGGGAAAAUCAUUGUAGCUACAUGAAACUGGUAGGUGGGUAAUUCAUCCAUUGGGUGGUCUUGAUGGAUCAAUGA